AUGAAAGGUGGCUAUUGUAGUGAAUUAGUAAAAUUGUUUAAUGAUUACAUAAUACUUAAGGCACCGGAAGGUGAGACUCAGCCGAGUACUGAUGUGGACCUCUUCAUCUCAACUGAGAAGAUAAUGGUUCUCAAUACAGAUCUUAAGGAGAUAAUGAUGGACCACUCUUUGCGCACCAUUUCAUACAUUGCAGACAUCGGUGAUCUACUGGUGCUUAUGGCCAGACGACGGAUCCUAAACCCAAUGGACGAGACAAAUGACGCCAAUAUUAAAAGGAUUCCUAAAAUGAUUUGUCAUAUAUUCGAGUCAGAAGAGGCUCAGUUCAUCGCUCAGUCCAUUGGACAGGCCUUCCAAGUGGCGUACAUGGAGUUCCUUAAGGCUAAUGGCAUCGAAGACAGCAGUUUUGUUAAAGAAAUGGAUUAUCAAGAAGUGCUUAACUCUCAGCAAAUAUUUGGUAACGAAUUAGAAAUGUUCGCCAAAAAGGAGAAACAAAAAGAAGUUAUUGUUCCCAAACAAAAGGGAGAGAUAUUGGGAAUGGUUAUCGUGGAGUCCGGUUGGGGCUCAAUGUUGCCCACAGUUGUCAUCGCAAAUAUGGCACAACAGGGACCCAGUGCUCGAUGCGGUCAACUCAAUAUUGGCGAUCAGAUUAUCGCCAUCAACGGUGUUAGUCUUGUAGGCCUUCCCUUAUCUACCUGUCAGACAUAUAUUAAGAAUACAAAAAACCAAACUGUAGUCAAGUUCACAGUGGUUCCCUGUCCUCCCGUGGUUGAGGUGAAGAUUAAGAGACCGGACACUAAAUACCAGCUCGGGUUCAGUGUUCAGAAUGGAGUGGUUUGUCACCUCUUUCUUGUGUUUACAACCAAUAAUACAUUUGAAGACACAUUUGCUUUAUUGCUUCAACAGAUAUGCAGUUUAUUGCGCGGAGGUAUUGCUGAGAGGGGAGGAGUGAGAGUCGGCCACAGAAUCAUUGAAAUUAACGGACAAAGUGUUAUGCCACACGACCGCAUCGUUAAUUUAUUGGCCACUUCUGUUGGAGAGAUUCUCAUGAAAACAAUGCCCACAUCUAUGUUCAGACUAUUAACGGGACAGGAAAUGCCUACUUAUAUGUGAUGUGAUUGUAUUGAAUCGGCGAUUGGAUUCGUUGAUCAUCUGAAAUGAUUUUUUGUUUUUAUCAUUUGGUUUCCACAUAAGACCCGACAGUUGGUGCCUUUUUUUGGUAAUACGAUUGCAUGGUGUUUGCGAUUAUCAGUUCAGUUAAUGGCUUCAAAUCUGUUCAUUAAUACAUUGAUUAUUAUAUACACCGAUAAUAACUGUAUUGAAUAUAGAAUAUAAUCAAUUUGAUAUGUCUUAUGAGUUAAACUAAUCCCUAAUAUUUGUGAAAAGCAUUGAAUUUAAGUCAUAUUUAAGCCAUUAAUAUAUGAAUAGGAAGUGAUUGAAAUACAAGUCGUGUGCUUAUGAGGUAUAAGGUGUGAGUGAAUGACAGCUAGAAAUCUAAUCAGUUGCUCACCAAUCGAUUACUCUAUUCCCGAACCAAAGAUGCUUUCAUUCCUUACACUAAAUAUUACUUAAACUCAUUCUUACUAUAAAUUGCUUUUAUAUAAAACUGGUGUUCACUUAAGUCUUAAGUUAAUAUACCGUUUAGUCACAAAUGAGUCAUCCCUAGCCCCCAACCCCCGCCCAAUGCAAUAAUUGUGCAAUUUGUCUGAUGUGUUACUGUAUUUGUCAGUGCAUUGGUGUGUCAUAGGUCUGACCGGAACUUAAAUCAAACUUCAAAUCUAC